AUGACCAUGGAUUUUGAAGAAAUAGGCGAACAAACUUACUUAGAUCGGAGUGGAUCGUAUGAAAUCCUAUAUGCUGAUAGUGACCAACAAAAAUACCCCAUGUCACUUGAGAAUAUCUUAAAUGCUUCAACUGAUGAUUCAAUUGACGCGAAAAUUAAACUCAAUUCGCAAGUCAAUAGGGAUGAUACUUAUGAGGUUAUCCUCAAUAAAAUGAGUAUAGAACAUUUGUUGCAAAAUAAUGAUGAGAGAGAGGAAAACUUCCUUAACUGUACAGAUUAUUUUUCAGAAAUAUCCAAGGAUGAUAUCGAAGAUUUUAAGAAAAACGAGUUGAUGGAUGAUUUUGAAUUUAUCAUCAAUAAUGACAUAAAUGAAAGAAUCAGCGUAGUUGAGAGUGAUGAAUCAAUCAACUCGUCUGUAGAUGUAUCACAAGGAUCUGGUUCUGAAGAACAAAUGAAACGAGAAGUUUCAUUUGAGAGUUCGGAUCGCUCACUAAGUUUCGACGAUACGAAUAUGAAUAAUAUGAAUAAUAAUGAAUUUUUAAGAGAUUUAAGAGCAACUGAUUUAACAAUUGAAGGGAUACUCAAUAUGUCUCAAUCCGAAACAAAUGUACAGAAAGUUACAGCGAAUGUACCAAUCAAUGAUAAUCAAGUUGUAAUUAAAGAUAUGUUUUGGCAAGAUGAACAUCAAAAUGAUUCUACCGAUUUACCAAGGUUUCAAUAUCUUUCAGAAGAAGGCCUUGAAAGCGAGCAAGAUGAACAAGACUUCACCCCUCGCCAGGAUGAUUUGAUCGGAUUAAGUAUGAUAAUUCCAGAGAUGCAUAAUGAACUUGAACAAAUAUAUGAUGAUGACAAGGGCAUCGAUGGAUCUAUUAAUAUUAUUGGAGACGAUAACAUGGAGACUGUAAAGGAAACUAAUGGCAACCAAUUAUAUGAAUAUCACGAACUCAUGAACGAACAUCUCAAUUUUCACGAACAACCUUACUCUAGGUUUGACAAUAUGAUAUUUGAAACAUCCUAUACAAAUUCACAAUCAGAUUCAUCAGUAGAAAAUGAGCUACUUCCGAUCCUUUCUAACGUUUCUGUAAGUGAUCAAAGUUUAGAUAAUAAUGAAAUCAUCAAAUCCAAUGUCGAAAAAAUUUCAAGCGAUUUACAACUAUCUGAACAAAUUGAUACCUGCGAUGAUAGGAUUUAUCCAUCCGAUAAAAGCAUUUUACAAAAAAAAAGUGACGGUUAUGUACAGAACAUAAAUGUACCAUCUUCCGGCGAAAAGGUAAUAAACGAUACUGUAAAUGUUGGUACUUCUAAAGAAAAAUCUCACGUGAACGAUUCGGUAAUGGAAUCUAUUAAGUGUGGAAAUGGAACAUCUACAUCUCUUAAAGGAGCAAAUAAAUUAGCCAAGACAUCGUCAGUAAUAGUAACUAGAAGUAUGAUUGCCUCACUCAACUUAAAAGAAUCAUCUACAAGUUUAAUGAAUUUAGAAGAAAAGAAACAGCUGCUCCAUGAAGUACGCAGAAAGAAAAUGUUGUUACAUAAUAGUAUCCUUCAGAGUGAGCAAGAAAAAAUCGUUGGAGAAUUAGAUAGAGAGGAUGGUGCGAAAUUCGAAUCACCUAGUUCUCUUAUAUCUUCUAAAAAAAAAGCACCUAAUAAAUUCAACACAACACUCAAUCGAUUAACUAGACAAAAUACAAAUAGGAAUAAAGAAUAUCGAUGUGAACUCAAUGUAGUAGUAAUACAAAAGAACAUUCCAAAACCGUUAAGCCCAGCUUCAAAACUUCAUGAGAAAAUGAAAAAUGGAGGAGGGAUGGUCUCUGCUUUAAGGUCACGUAAUAGCCAUGGAAAUGAUAAUAUGGGCUCGCACAUUCCCGUCUUGAAGUCACGUGGUGAACGACAAAAUCAAGAAAUAGUUGCGUCUUCUAAUAAAGGAGUUCAUUGGGAUGAAGACAGAUUGACACAAGAAUUGUCUCAUGAUGUAAGAUCGUCUCCCAGAAUAGCAAGACAAAAACCAACUCUUAAAUCAUGUUUAAAAUCAACGAAUCCACCCAUAGAUUCGCUGGGAAAUGUUCUUAAUGCAAAUAGUAGUUUAACACCAGUGGUAAAACGGGGAAUCAAAGUUACCAUAAAACAAAUUAAGUAUAGAGGUGAAUAG